GAUGGGCUCCCCCAAGAGCUAAGGAUCGAGCCAGAAGAUUCGCGCUUUCCCUCAGGCCAUACUUCAGACUCGGACCCCUCAUCCACCAGGGCCCGCGCAGCCGCGGAGCCUGCGGGGACAGACUUCAGCCACGCCCGCCCCGCUGGCCCCCGUGACUGUGGAUGGGUUUGUGCAACAGAAGCUGGAGACGGGUUGUCCCAGAAGCCGGGACCAAGCAGGCUUCACCCCCCCGCCUGUCCCGAGUGAAUGGCUGGUCGAGGCCCCUGCACUCCUUCCAGGCGGUGGCCUGGGUCACACUCCUCAUCAUGGCCAUUGCCAACUUCGGCAUCUUCAUUCCCUUCCUGCCACGUAACUGGAAGUACAUUGCCUACGGCGUGAAUGGCGGGCUCUUCUUUCUCCACUUCUUAGUCCACUUGAUUGCAGUUUCUAUCGACCCGGCCGAAGCCAACGUGCAGUUCAAGAAGAACUACUCCAAGCCUAUGCCGACCUUCGACCGGUCCAAACAUGCACACGUGAUCCAGAACCAGUAUUGCCACCUGUGUGAGGUCACCGUGAGCUCGAAGGCCAAACACUGUAGCGCCUGCAACAAGUGUGUCUCUGGCUUUGACCAUCACUGCAAAUGGCUCAACAACUGUGUGGGGAGCAGGAAUUACUGGUACUUCUUCUUCUCCGUGGCCUCCGCCUCGGCUGGCCUGCUCUGCCUGAUUGUCAUCCUGCUCUACAUCUUCAUCCAGUUCUUCAUCAACCCGGAGGAGCUCCGCACGCACCCCUACUACGAAAAGGUCUCCAACAAGAACAUUUGGAUGCUCUUCCUCCCCCUUUUCCCUGUAAAGACAAAGACCCCAGUGGUCCUGGGCAUUGGGGUGUUCGUGCUGCUGUUGGACGUCAUCAGCCUCCUGCUGCUUGGGCACCUACUUAUCUUCCACCUCUACCUAAUGGUCAAGAAGUUGAGCACAUUUGAUUACAUGACACAGGGCCGCCAGCAACAGACUCCAAAAGCUUCAGCAGGAAAGGAAGAGCUGUCCUUCCAAAUAGGAUUCCCACAGCAAGCAGGUGAUGGCCAGAGUUCAUCUGUACACAGACACCGGGUAGCGAUACUGCUGUGAAAACCCGGGUCCUUUAGAGUUUCACUUGAAGCAUCGCCUCGCUGUGGUCCUUUAGUUACAAUCUGAGCACAUUCCCCCGCCCUGUCCAGCUGGGUGCGAGCCGUCUCCAGAA